GGAGCGCCUCCCCGGGCGGCGCUGCACGCGAGGCCGCGGCUUUAGGCCGCGCCGCGAGGGGGCGAGGAGUCCCGGAGCGGCCCUCCGGGCGGCCCGCGUCCAGGCCCGCGCGCCCGCCGCCGCUCUCCUUUCCUUGCCGCGGGGCACCGGGCCCUCGAGCUCUACUGGCUUCCCGGCCUCCCCUUUCCCGUGCGUGCCCUUCGGCCCCUGGGACCCGCGGACGUUGUGGGGGGUUUCCCGUGUUUUGAAAAAGUUGCUCGGCCCCUGGACCCCGGGAGCCAGGCUUGUGUCACCGGCGGCCCUGCACACUUGCGCCGCCCCGGGGCCUCGGGCAGCGGACAGGAGGGAUCCCGGGGAGCUCCGGGUGCGGCGCCUCCCGGAGGCCGAGGCUUCCAGAGCCGGCUGCCGCACGACGCGACUCCGGCGUCCCCUCGGUCCUUGUGCUUUACGAGCGGGGCUUAGCUCGGAUGUGCGGUCACCGGGCGUGAUCUGUGAGCCUUUUUCCCCGUGCCCAGACCGUGUGUCCUGAACAGCAGGUGCAAGCAUUAAACUGAAAAGAUGUCCCUGUACGAUGACCUGGGAGUAGAGACCAGUGAUUCAAAAACAGAAGGCUGGUCCAAAAACUUCAAGCUUCUGCAGUCUCAGCUCCAGGUGAAGAAGGCGGCCCUCACACAAGCCAAGAGCCAGAGAACAAAACAGAGUACCGUCCUCGCCCCGGUAAUCGACCUAAAGCGAGGUGGCUCUUCGGACGACCGGCAGAUUGUGGACACCCCCCCGCACGUGGCGGCCGGCCUGAAGGAUCCCGUUCCCAGUGGAUUUUCUGCAGGAGAAGUUUUGAUUCCUUUAGCUGAUGAAUAUGACCCUAUGUUUCCUAAUGACUACGAGAAAGUAGUAAAGCGCCAAAGAGAGGAACGGCAGAGACAGCGGGAGCUGGAAAGACAAAAAGAAAUAGAAGAGAGAGAAAAGAGGCGUAAGGACAGACACGAAGCUAGUGGGUUUUCAAGGCGACCAGAUCCAGAUUCUGACGAAGAUGAAGAUUAUGAGCGAGAGAGGAGGAAAAGAAGUAUGGGCGGAGCGGCCAUUGCACCUCCCACUUCUCUUGUAGAGAAGGACAAAGAGUUACCCCGGGAUUUCCCUUACGAAGAGGACUCACGGCCUCGCUCCCAGGCUUCCAAAGCUGCUAUCCCUCCCCCGGUGUACGAGGAGCAGGACCGGCCCAGAUCUCCGACCGGACCUGGCAACUCCUUCCUCGCCAACAUGGGCGGCACAGUGGCCCAUAAAAUCAUGCAGAAGUACGGCUUCCGGGAAGGCCAGGGUCUUGGCAAGCACGAGCAAGGGCUGAGCACAGCACUGUCGGUGGAGAAGACGAGCAAGCGAGGAGGCAAGAUCAUCGUGGGCGACGCCACAGAGAAAGACGCAUCCAAGAAGUCGGAUUCCAAUCCGUUAACUGAGAUACUGAAGUGUCCUACCAAAGUGGUCCUUCUGCGGAACAUGGUUGGUGCAGGAGAAGUAGAUGAAGACUUGGAAGCUGAAACCAAGGAGGAGUGUGAAAAAUAUGGCAAAGUUGGAAAAUGUGUGAUAUUUGAAAUUCCUGGUGCCCCUGAUGACGAAGCAGUACGAAUAUUUUUAGAAUUUGAGAGGGUUGAAUCAGCAAUUAAAGCUGUGGUUGAUCUGAAUGGGAGGUAUUUUGGUGGACGGGUGGUAAAAGCAUGUUUCUACAAUUUGGAUAAGUUCAGGGUCUUGGAUUUGGCGGAACAAGUUUGACUUUAAGAACUAGAGCACGAGUCCUCUCCGGUGAUCCUGAAAGGAGCUGCCGACCGAACGGAGAGGAAACAGGCAGCAGUCGGCCUUCGGCAUAGACACACUUGGAGGGACUUCUGAGAUACACGUUGACUGAUCCCUUUUUUAUUUUGUGGUUUUUUAAAUAUAGUAUAAAAAUCCUUUAAAAAAACCAA